AGUGCAUCAUUUCUAUACUACGUUGCUUUUUGUCGUCUCAUAAGCCACUGGGUGUCACACGUUUGCCUGCUCUUUGUUCUCUUUAAUAGAAUUGUCCCUUCACAAAAGUUUCGACUAGAUGGCGCCAUUGCUCUAUCUUGCGCUCCACUCACUCACCAACUUGACCCCCUUGACGUCAGAGCAGUCUAGAGCAUCAAGGCCACUUCCAAAACCCUAUUGGUCUGAAAAUCACAUGACGGGGCGCCUUGAAUCCAUAAUUAUGUUGCCGAUAUUUUCGCUCCCCCCCCACCUCCCAAAAGAUGUCAGCGUCCUACUGUCCUUAUCCAUUCCGACAUAAACGAGCUUGCUUUAAAACAUAAGAUCAACACGCCCAAGUCAGCAAAAUGUCAUGUCCGAACAACGUGGCAGCCGGAUCGUUUCUGAUGGAUUCGCUGGUGGGAGAAACGUCGCCAUACAGAGGUGAAGGAUAUUCUGCUAACUCUGGGAUGUACAUCUCAACGUCUGCAGAAUAUGGCUGUCAGAUGAUGAGAAAUUUAGGCGUCGCUGGUGUGCCCCACUCCAAACGGGAUGAGCUGCCACCGAGUACCGUGCUAAUCAGCGGCUAUGAGCACGCGCAUUACCUGUCGCAGCGGGACGCCUGGACGACCGCCUCCAAAACUUACAGAGGUGCCCAACCUGUUGCCCAGCCUUUGCACCCAUGCUCUUUUACAAGCAGCGGCGUCAAGGAAGAGGCUAUAACUUGCCUUUAUCAGUCUGAUAUCGAUAGUCCCAGGGAGUCUACGGACUCCUCCACCUAUAUCCGACUGGGAGACAAUAGCAACCGCACUGAUCAAAGCGGUGUCUCCUCCGCCAGCUAUUUUCGAGGGAACCAGGUGUAUACAACUGAAAGGGUGCAUGGAGAAGACGGGUUUGACUCGGACUUUAGUCGUAUUUCAAGAAUAACAACUCCCACAGAGACACGAACCGUAGAUUCGUUUGUCAAGAGCAGCAAGUCGCAGCAGGACGCAUCGGGCGAGGAAACGAAUGCUGAGGAGCAUCGUGUGGAUAAGAGACAGCAACUUAGGAAAGAAGACGGCGGCCCGAAGAACGACAGCUGUACAGAUGAUUCUGAGAGCGAAUUAAAAGAUGAAGCAAAGUUGGAAAACACUACGGGGAACUGGCUGAAAGCUAAAAGUGGACGGAAGAAGAGAUGUCCUUACACAAAGCAUCAGACACUUGAGCUUGAGAAGGAGUUCUUGUUCAACAUGUACUUGACUCGAGAGCGCCGUCUGGAGAUCAGCAAGAGUAUCAACCUCACAGACAGACAGGUCAAGAUUUGGUUUCAGAACAGAAGGAUGAAAUUGAAGAAGCUUAACAGGGAAAAUCGGGUCCGGGAACUAACGGGCUACAACUUCAACUGAAUACAGGACAAACAAGCAAAAAGCAACACAAUUACUUUCAUUAAUUUUUAUGAAUACCUCGGACUUUCUGUGACACACACACACAUACACACACACACACACACACACACACACACACACAGACAUCGUUUGCAUCUGGACAUGGGCCUAACUUAAUAUUGCCGUUCAGACUGCCGUAAUUGUGUAAAUUUGCGCACAUAAAGGGAUCCUCGGCUCAGUCAAACAUUGGGGCAUGUCUUGCUAUACAUGAGCUAUCUACCUGAUGUCUUAGCUGAUUAGCUUGUUUGUCCUUAGUGCGCGUGUGUCCUAAACAAUGCGUACUGUGUCCUUUGCAUGCCUACUGUUGAUUUGUCAGUUUCAUUUUUAAUUCGACAGAGUGUCAAAUAAAAGGGGGUUGGGAAACAUAAUGUCCUUGCAUCUCCUUCCCCUUGUAUAUCCUCUUUAGCUUUCUGUUGAGAGAGAGCAAUAACGGUAAGGGCCAGAAAGAGAGAGAGAGAGAGAGAGAGAGAGAGAGAGAAUUGUAGCACUUCCAAUAAGAGUGGGAGUCCCCAUAACGUUGAUUUAAAUAUUAUCCAGGUGACCACAGUAAGUCAAGGUCAUAAAAUUGUAAUGUCAUGACGGUCCUGCAAAGCGCUGGGGGUGGAUUUUAUGAUCUGCAAAUAUAAUGUGCUGGUGCAGUAAAGAUGCAUUAAAAAGCGUAGUGGAGGAAGGCUAAUCCACAUACCCGGGCUUGCAACGUGCUGGCCUCACUGGCGCGCUCUGCGGGCUGUUAUAGAGGCAGGAAGCCACUUUAAUGGCUAUGGAGAAACACAACGCUUACACACCAGCCAGACAUGGAUGUACGAUAAGCAGCAACCACAACAACAGCGACAAUAAGAACAACAACAAUCAAUCAGUCAACCCGUGGAUCAUAUAAUAUAUACGCAGAUUUCAAGAAAUGCUUCAAAGGUUAAUCACUGCUGAUAAUGCUAAGAAGAGAGCAUUAGGGAGAUGGAGACGGUGUCGUCCUCCGGCAAGAAGUU